CGGGCCCCUGUACGGGCGGGGAGUCGGCUUCGCGUACGCAUCCAUUCAAGGUGGCGGCAGGUCGAAAACGGAACCUUCGACCGUCGCCGAUCGCCUCGGACCUGGCAGACCAGAUUCCCGUAUUUCUCUUCUUUCCGGAGCACGGCUGGAGGGGCGGCGUUCUAUCGAGCGGCGCCUGCGCCCUGCCGACCCCCCGGCAGAGGGGCCGCCCACCUGUCCGCCCGAUUCCUGGCCGGACGGAACAGUUCUCGCACGGCGCGCCCUUGUGCCACGCGACCGAUCUCCCCCUUGUGCGGGUCAGGGUGCGUCUCCUUCCGCAGCGAACUCGGAUGCCGCGUAUCUUCCCUCUCCUUCUCCUCGGGCUCCCCUCGAGUGCGUCCUCGAGUGCGUCCUCGAGUGUCGCCGGCUCGCGGGCGAAAUUCGAAAUCGGCCGUCGUUAUUUGUAACGCGCGACGGACGACGAGUCGCCCCUCUCCUUCGUUUCGCUUCUUUCCGUCAUGGUUUUCGACUUCCUCCUCCUCCUCGCGCUGCGGGGGGCGUCGGGCAACGGGAGCGGGGGUGGAACCGUGGUCGAAUUCGCCGGCAGUCGAAACAGUGACCUGGAAGAAAUUUAGAAAAUUAUGCAAUGCCGUAAACUUAAGUUUUGCCGAGAUAACGAGAGGCGCGAUCGAAUUAGCGGAGCGCUGCAUGGGAAUGGAAAAUGAGGAGCACGUGACCGCAAUCGACCAGUCGAUGAGGGGAGCCUAAGAAUAGCCAAGUGGGUAACGACAGCCGGCAGACAAAGGAGACGAGCAACGACCCGUCGUCCUUGCUUCCGAGAAGGAGCCUCGGCGGACAAUGUGGCCCGUCCGAGAACGAAUUCAAGAGGCGCGCCCCCCGAAUUAACGGGUCGAUCCCCUAAGCCCUCUUCCGCCAUGGGCAACGGCAUGAACAAGGUCCUGCCGGGCCUUUACGUGGGCAAUUAUCGAGACAGCAAGGAUGCCGUCCAAUUGGAGCGCUUCGAGAUAACCCAUAUCCUGGCCAUUCACGAUGCGGCUCGUCGUUUGCAUUCCGACAAACAUUAUCUGUGCAUCCUGGCCGCCGACACGCCGGAUCAGAAUUUGUCGCAGUACUUCUCGCUCUGCAACGACUUCAUCCACGCGGCUCGGCUUCGAGGAGGCAACGUCCUUAUCCACUGCCUCGCGGGAAUGUCGCGCAGCGUCACCGUGGCGGUGGCGUACAUCAUGAGCACCACCAACUUGUCCUGGAAGGAGGCCCUCAAAGUGGUCAGGGUCGGUCGAGCGGUCGCCAAUCCAAACGUGGGAUUCCAACAGCAACUCCAGGACUUUGAAUCUUCGCGGUUGCAGGAGGAGAGAAGGAGAUUGAAGGAACGCUUCCCGAGUCUCGCCCUGGCCGCGUCCGACGCGGAGAUCUGCCGAGUGACCUUAAGAAACUACGAGACCCUGGCCCUUGCUCGCGAGGUCUGCGAAGGGAAGUGCGCCAUGGGUCGCCAGUGUCCCACGGGGCUCUGUCGGCAGCCCUCGAAAAGGGCCCUCAGGAGGAAGUCGUCGUCCAGCAGCGCGGGGAACCUGAGCACCGGAAGGACGCCGCCCCAGACGCCGAGGAUGUUGCCUUCCGCUCCGCCCUCGCCGGCCAUGCCUAGGUCGGCGAGCACGAUGUCCGCGGCCAGGCCCCGAAGCGGUCCCGCGGGACUUCACUCGUACACGGGUUCGGCGCCACCCUCUAGGGUCAUGUCCAGGGUGGACCUCUCGGCAGCGGUGGCCUGCAGCAGCAGUAGCACCAACCUGGCGACCUCCCUGGGCGGCAGCACCUGGAGGAUGAGGACGGGCUCGGCUCCGGUCACCCCCAGGACGACCCCGCCGGUCUCCCCCCAGCACUGGCCCAGGCGCGUCUCCACCAGGCAGACGCCGCAGCUUCCGGUCCCCUCGGAAUCGCAACCGCCCUGCAACGCGAGGAUGACGUAA